UUUUUUUUUUAUUUAUUAUUUAUUUCCUUUCCUUUCUUUUAUUAUUAUGUUUAUUGGUCAACGUCCUCCAGCUUUAUCAUUACAACGAAAGACAAAAGAACAUUGUAUAGAACCAACCUCACCUGCUACUACCACUUUUUCUUCACUUUCUUGGACUGCGGAGAAAUCUACGGCUGAACUAGCUGUCCUACUUAAACAUGCUUAUGCUUCUUUACAUGAAAAAGAAAAAGAUCUUACAUUAGCUGCUGAAGUAGGUCAUUAUCUUUUGGAAAACAACAUGAUGCUUCAAUCACAAUAUGAAUCACUUUUACAACAACAACAACAAGAGGAUGAUACGAAUAUGCAACUGUUAUCUCAACGUAAGGCUCAUCAAAUGAUUCUAGAUGAACUUCAAGACAAAAACAUGGAAUUACAACAAUUAUUGGAGGAUGCUCAACAACAAACGGAUAAAUUACAAAUGGUUCAUGAUAAAAAGGCACGCGGUUUGAAUCAUGAUCUUACAAUACUGAGAGAUCAUCUGGAGAGGGCGACUCAAAAGAUACAAGAACUAGAGGAUGAUCAACGAUGUAAACAACAACAACAACAACAACAACAGCGACAACAAGAACAUGAUGAUGAUGAUGAAGAAGAGGUGAUGGCACUUUUUCAUCGGAUUCAACAAUUAGAGCAAGAAAACGAUCAAUUGAUGCAUUCAAGACAAUCUAUUCAAGAUCGACUCAACAAGGCACUUUCUGAUGUGGAACUUCAACAACAAUUCAACUUGAAUCAAUGGGAAGAUUAUGCUCAAUUGACAGAAACCUAUCAACGCCAAUUCCAUCAAAUCGCUCAAUUAAAUCUGUCUUUACAAGAACAUCGUCACCUUCUUUUAUCACAUUGGAUGGAUGAUAAUACAAACACUAUGAACAACGAAAACAACGAUACAUUAAUGGUUGAAUUGGAAAAAGCAUGGCAUCGGGAUCAAUGGAAUUUGACAAAGAACGAUGAUGAUGAUGAUGGAUAUUCAUCCCUUCCAGCUUCCAUUCAUGAAUCAUCGGGUAUAAAAAAGGAUUCCUAUAAUGAUCAUGAUUUUUCUGAUCAUGUGAUGUACACCAAGGAAAGAAAAGAAGAAGUAGACGAUGGACUUUUUGGACCUUUGGAUACUGAUGUAUUGACUUCAUAUGAUCUUUAUCCACAUAUUACUACAAGCAAAGGAUUGGUGAUAACUCAACAACAACAACAACAACAACAAGGAAUGGUGUACAAAAUGCAACGCUGGUGCCGAUUUGCUAUUGUUUUGACCAUGGCUGUGUUUAUCAAUGUCCUUGAAGGUCCAGAUGUCAUGUUGGAAACAAAAUAGAACCCCUUCUUUUGUUUAGUUAGACCCCUUAUUUAUUAUUCAUCUUUUUUUUUUUUUGGAUGGAAUUGUAUUCUUUUUUAUUACUAUUAUAUUACUGCUACUACUAUUAUUACUGAUUACUACUACUACUAUACCCUUGUUUUUUUUUAAAUAUACCCUUCUCUUUCAUCAUCAUCUCAUUUCACAUCUAAUAAAUAAACAAAUAAAUAAAA